AGAAAUGGUUCAUUUUCCUGUAAAAAGAUUGGGCUUCUUACUAGUAUUUAUAGCAGAAAAACCCCUUUGUGAAAGCAGGCAUGAAUACACCCGAGUUUUCUUCUUACGGCAGAACGGGGCCAUUUGAAGGACCAUGUAAGGAUGUUGAUCCUAGAGAGGUGACUGCAGAAGGCAGCAGACAAAUAUUUGACUCCCUGUGGCAACCAUCAGCCUAUGGAGACAAGAUUUCAAGGCUAGAGGCAUCAUAUCAAGAUCUCGAAAAAAGGCUGGUACAGGUGGAAAAAGAAAUAAGCAACAACAGAGCUUGGUCUGACACUGUUGAUGCUCGACUACAGUCUCUGGAGGGUUGCCGCUGGCAGUAUGCUGCAUCUAAUCAAUACGAGAUGCAGGAGACCAGCAACCCUGAUCCUCCUGACCAGGAGGGACACAGGAGCUAUGAGGAAGCAUUUCAUGAAGGUAUCACCCAAAAAGAGCUUCAGGGGAAAGAGGAAUAUAAGAAGCUGAAAGAGAAGAACAAAGAGCUAGAGGCAAGAAACAAAGAGCUGUUGUCUAAAGUCAUGGGCAUGCACAAGCACUCUGAGAACAUGAAUGACCCUUCACGUUUGUCUGCUGUGCUGCAUAUGUAUGAGAUGCUCAGGCUACGUGACUGGGAAAGAUUGAGGAGUUCCACAGUUUCCUAUUUGACGUAUAAGAGUGGCAGCGGCAUAAUUAAGAAGCUCUUUGAUGCCUGUGAGAAAGAUAUAGAGAAGAGAACAAAUAACAUAAUUGAAGUUCUUGAAAUUUCACCUUUGAAUGACGCUAUGAUCAACAGCAAACAGGAGAUGGUGCAACAGAUAAGGAAUCUCUUCAGAUAUUCCUACUCCCAAAACCACUCAGAGUUUUACAGCAAAAUUGUCAUGCAAGCUGGCGUUGACCCAAAAACUACCUUUCAAAAACAGUUUGUACUGAGCUGCUGCAAAACGUACUGUUUGCUGCUUCUUCAGGACCCACCAGUUACAGCUGUGUGGAACUUACAGGAAAGCCCAAGGCAAUAUUUAGAGCACGUGGACAAGAAAGGCCAGGAGCACUGGAGAAAACCAGCAUUUCUGUGGCCCAUAAUGAAAUGUGGGGAACAAGUCAUUGUGAAAGGUGUAGUCUGGGAUGAAAAGUAG